AUGGGUGUUGCUGCAACUGGUGGUGCUGCUGCUGAUGCGGCUGCUGCUGAUGCUGAUGCUGCUGACGCAGCAGCAGCAGCAGCAGCAGCAGACAAACUGCAGCAGCAGCCAAAAGCAGAAGCUGCAGCACAUGCGCCUUCUGGAGGGACCAAGAAACGUGCUGCUGCUGUUUGCUUCGAGGGAGCAGAAGCAGCAGCAGCAAAAGCAGCAGCAGAAGCUGCUGCAAUUGCUGCUGCAAGAAGAACUGCUGCAGCAGCAGCAAACACAAAUGCCAAGCAGCAGCAGCAGCAGCAACACGCUGCUGCGAUGAAGGCUGCCACAGAGGCCAGUGCUGAGAAGCAGCAGCAACAACAACAACAACAACAGCAGCAGCAGCAGCAGCAGCAGCAGCAAGGGGGUGUCCGACAAAGAAAGCAGAAGAACCAGAAGAAGCAAAACCUUCCGGAUAUACAGGAGCCUCAGCAGCAGCAGAAGCAGCAGAAGCAGCAGCAGCAGCAGCAGCAGCAGCAGCAAUCCCCGUUGCUGGAGCAAGACCACCACCGUCCUCAACAAGCAGAACGCUCACGAGCAGCAGCAAAGGCUGCGGGACGUGCAGCGCCAGCAGCAGCAGCAGCGGAAGCAAAACAAGCAGCAGCAGCAGCGGAAGCAAAAGAGGCAGCAGCAGCAGCAACAGAAGCAGCAGCAGCAGAAGCAGCAAUUGCCACUCCAGAGACGCCAACAGCAAAACGCAGCAAGCCAGGGGAUGGUGCAGCCAAGCCAGCUACAUCAAGAGCAGCAGCAGCAGCAACUGCAGCAAAAACAGCAGCAGCAAAAGAAGCAGCAGCAAAAGCAGCAGCAGCAGCAGCAGAAGCAGAAGCAGCAAGACUGCAGCACGAUAGCGGAGCUUCUAGCAGGGGAGAGUCUGUAGACAGCACAGAGACGGAGCCGACGGUGCUGCAGUCCCGGCAGCAGCAGCAGCAGCAGCAAAAGCAGCAGCAGAAGCAACAACAGCAGCAGCAGCGAGAAAAGCAGCAACAGAAAGAAAAGCAGAAAAAGAAGACAGGAGGCCCUACUGCAGAGCAGGAGCAGCAACUGCAGCAGCACAACCGGCAGCUGCAACGGGAACACGAGCAGCAGCAGCAGGAACAGAAGCCGCAGCAGCAGCAGCGACAGAAGCAAACGCAGCAGCAGCAGCAGCAGCAGCGACAGAAGAAGCAGCAGCAUAAUAUUGACUUGCAGGAUGACUCUGACACAAGCGAAAGCCAUGCUGCAGCAGCAGCAGCAGCAGCAACAGCAGCAGCAGCACCAGGAGCACCAGCAGCAGCUGCACCUCGACCAGCAGGAGCAACAGCAGUAUCUGCUCGUGCAGCACUAUCACCACUAGCAGCGGCUGCUGCUGCAGCUGUUGCAGCAGCAGAAUUAGCAGCACCAGAAACAGCAGCAGCAGCAGCAGCAGCAGACAGUGGCUCGGAUAGGCGUUUCUUAGUAGAGAUGAGUGCGAGGGAAGUUGCUGCAUUGGCGGGUGUAGCAGCAGCUGCUGCUGCUGUUGCUGCAGGGCAGCAGCAACACCAGAGGCAGCAGCCACAUACACAUAUACCUGCUGCUGCCUCUCGUGCUGCAGCAGAGGCAGCAGCAGCAGUUGCAGAGGUUGCAGCAACUGUUGCUGCAGCAGGAGCAGCAGGAAAAAGAAGCAGGAAGGCAGCAUUGGCCAAUCGAAGCGCAGCAGCACAAUUAUCACAAGAUACAGAGCAAGCUGCUGCUGCUGCUGCUGCUGCUGAGGUUGCUGCAGCUGCUGCUGCUGCGGAUAGGAAGAGAGACGAUGGAUCGCCCGCAGCAGCAGCAGCAGCAGCUCCUAAGUCGCCGGUUGCAGCUUCACCAUUGGCGCCAGCAGAAGCUGCUGCAGCAGCAGCAGCAACCCCGUUACCCCUACCAGCAGCAGCGCAUGCAGCAGCAACUCGUACGUCUCCAGCAGCAGCAGCACCUACAGCAGCAACUCGUACGUCUCCAGCAGCAGCAGCACCUGCAGCAGCAACCCGCAUGUCUCCAGCUGCAGCAGCAGCAACUCGUACAUCUCCAGCAGCAGUUGCAACUCGUACAUCUCCAGCAGCAGCAGCAGCAGCAGCAGAGCCAGGUCCUGCUGCUGCAGAGGGCCAGCAGGAGCCAAGGACGGCCACGGAAGAAAAACGUAAAAGAACUCGCCGUAGGGGAAAACAGCAGCAGCAGCAGCAACAGCAGCAGCAGCAGCAGCCGCAACAGCAGCUAGAGCAUCCAGAGCAGCCAGAGCCGCAGCCAGAGCAGCUAGAGCAGCAGCAACAGCAGCAACAGCAACAGGAGCAGCAGCAACAGCCGAAGCAGCCUCAGCAGCCAAAGCAGCAGCCGCAGAAGAAGCAGCAGCAGCAACAGCAGCAGCAGCAGCAGGGCGGCCACCGCGCUGCUGGUAGAAUCUCUGAAAGGCAAUCGGGAAGCCCCACAGAAGCAGCAGCAGCAGCAGAAGCAGCAGAAGGUGCACUUGCUGCUAAUGCUGCACAAGGAGCUGCAUCACCUGCAUCACCUGCAGCAGCAGCAUCACCUGCAGCUGCAGCAGCAGCAGCAGGUGCAGCAACAGGUGCAGCAGGAGGUCGUUCUCGUGAAGGCACAUCCAAGAGGAACUCAUCCAAGGAGAGAGGGCCUGCUGCUCCUGCUGCUGCUCCUUCUUCUGCUGCUACUUCUUCUCCUGCUGCUGCCCGUUCUGCUGCUGCUGCUGCACCUCCAAGUGCAGCAGCAACUGCAUCAACACCAGCAGAAGCAGCAGGAGAGGCAGAAGCACAUUGGCCUCCCUUAGGGAAGGCAGCAGCAAUGAGGGGAAGGAAGAACUCUAAUGCAGCCAUUGGGAAUAGGCGGGCUAGCACGCAGCAGGCAGUCACUCCUAGCGGCAGCAGCAGCAGCAACGCUACUAGCAGCUUUGUCUUGAGGCCCCUCCCUGGCCCCUCAAAUCCGCGUCAGCAGCAGCAGCAGCAACAGCAGCAACAGCAGCAGCAACAGCAGCAGCAACAACAACAACAGCAGCAGCAAGGCAAUGCAGGUUUCAGCAGAAGACGCCAGAUGGGAGAUGCAGCGCAUGCAAGCAGCAGCAGCAGCAACAGCAGCAGCAGCAGCAUGAGGGGGAGACGCAGCCCAUGGAAUGUGCAGCAGUACAACUACCGCCCUCAACAGCGCAUGCAUGGACAGCAGCAGCAGCAGCAGCAGCAUAUGCAAAUGGGACAUCCAGGCAAAGGCCGUCUGUUGAAUCCAGGCAGCAGCAGCAGCAGCAUCAGCAGCAUGAACCCCAUGAACAGCAGCAGCAGCAACAACGGCAGCAGCAGCAUGCCGUUUCCUGCUGAGGGUUUUGUGCUUCCUCCCUUUCAUCCUGCUGCAUUUGCUGCUCCUCCUGGAACAGCAGCAGCUCGAUAUUUUGCUGCAACUGCUGCUGCUGCUGCAGCAGCAGCAGCAGCAGAUCCUCGACACAUGGGUAUCAUGAGCAGGCAGCAGCAAGAUAGAUGGGGGCCCCCAAGGGGCAUGCAACCUAAUCCUGAUCUAAGUUAUCAAUUAUUUCUGCAGCAGCAGUACCUAGGGGAGAUAGCUCCUUUUGUGGAUCCUGCUGCUGCUGCAGCUGCUGCAGCUGCUGCAGCAUCACCCUCACAGCAUCAACUUGCAGCAGCAGCAGCAGCUGCUGCUGCUGCUUCAUGCCGCAUCAUUGGCACAUCAUACCCUGGAGGGGGGCCCCUGCCUCCUCCCCUAAAUCUGCAGAGGCAGCAGCACCACCACCACCAGCAGCAUGCAGACCCAUUGAGGGGCCCCUACAGGGAGUCUGGUAGACCCAAGCACCCGCCACCUCCUCCGCCGCCGCCGCUGCAGCAGCAGCGGCAACCACAGCAGCAGCAGCAGCAGCAGAGACAGAACUACCAGCAGAGACAACAACAGCAAACUCCUGUUGGGGGACACAGACAAUCACAGGAGACUCCUGCAGCUUCUCCCCAUAAGCAGCAAAAGCAGCAAACCCCGCAGCAGCAACCGCAGCAGCAGCAGCAGCAGCGCGAGCCACAGCAGCAGGUGCAGCACCAGGAGAAACGAGUGGAGCAGCAGCACCAGCAAGACAAUGAACAGCAGCAGACUCCACAGACACAGCAGCAGCCCGUGCAAGAGAAGGCGCAACAAGAGGAACUGCAGAGGGAGACACAUGAAGCAGCAGCAGAGCAGCAGCAGAACGAGCAGCAGCAGCAGCAGCAGCAGAAGCAACCUGCUGAGGAAGACCCGAAGGUGUCCGAUGCAGAGAAUGCUGGCGAAGACCACAUGCAGGAGCAGCCAAAAGAGCUGCAGCAGCAGCAGCAGCAGCAGCAGCAGCCUGAUGACGUGCAGCAGAGGCACCUUGAGGAGGAAGAUCAGCAGCAGCAACGGCAUGAGCAGCCGCAGCAUGAGCAGCAGCAGCACGAGCAUCAGCAGCACGACGCCCAUCUGCAAAGGCAACGAGAGGAGAAGGAUCAACAGCUGCAGCAACGGCAAGAGCAGCAGCAUCAGCAGCACGAGGAGCAGCAGCAGCAUGAGCAGCAGCAGCUUGACGAUAAGCCGCAGGUCCAGCUGGAGGAGCGCCGCGAGCAUCAGCACGAGCAGCAGCAGCAGCACGAACAGCAGGCAGAGGAGAGUGGCGCGGCUGCAGCGGAGCAGCAUAAGCAGCAGCACGCAGACCAGGAACCCGCCGACAAUCAGCAGCAGCGGCAGCAGGAACAGGAGCAGGAGCAGCAGCAGCAAUCUGUUGGCUCAAUAUGUAACGAAGACGCUGCUUCGGUGUCACUGCAGCAGCAGCAGCAGCUAGAGGCUGCUGCAGCAGAUGAGACGAUACAGCAUAAACAUGAUUCCCCAGAACAGCAACAACAGCAGCAGCAGCAGCAGCAGCGCAAAGAGCAAUACAAGCAGCAGCAACGAGAGGAGCAGCACCAGCAGCUCGAAGAGAAGCAGCAGCAGCAGCAUCUCGAGGAGGAGGAGGAGCAGCGCGAAGCGCAGCACCACCAGCAGCAGAAGCAGCAGCAGCUUGAAGAGCAGCAGCAGCAGCAGCAGCAGCUGGAAGAGCGAGAGCAGGAGGUGCCGCAGCCAUACCAGCAGCAUGAAGACAAGAGGCAGCAGGAGCGCAUGCAGCAGGAGCACGACCAUCAGCAGCAGCAGCUCGAGGAGCAGCAUCAACAGCAGCAGGAUAUUUCACCGCAGCAGCAGGAACAGCAGCAGGAAGAAGAGGAGCCUCCGCAUCAGCCUAGCAGCAGCAGCAGCAGCAGCAGUUGGCUGGAUGCUGCGGAGGAACGUGGGGAGCAGGAACAGGAACAGCAUGAGCCGCAGCAGCAGCAUCAGGACGACGAGCAACCACAGCAGGAUCAGCAGCAGCAGCAGCAGCAAGGAGAAGCAGCAGCAGCAGCAGCAGCAGCAGAGCCACCUAGGAAGCAACGAUGGGCAGACAUGGGAGACGAUCCCGACGACGACGACUUUGAGUUCCCCGAUUUCCUGCAGCAGCAGCAGCUGCUGCAGCACCAACUGCUGCAGCAGCAGCUGCAGCAGACACUGCUGCAACAGCAGAUGCAGCGGCCAGAGAAGGAUAGCGCAGCAGCAGCAGCAGCAGCAGCAAGCGACUCUGCUGCAGAAGCAGCAAUUCCUAUCGUUGCAGCUGCAGCAGCAAUAACCCUUGCAGCAGAGGAAACUCUACCCCUACUGCAGCAACAACAGCAGCAGUAG